AUGGUCUUCUAUGCUUAUGCAAUGGUUGAAAAUAGAGCCUCAGACCGCCGUGAUUUUCUUAUUACCGCAAAGGACAAGAACACCCUCGAUGCUUGGCCCCGCGCCGUGGGGAGUGCACAGAAUGAAGCUGUCAUCCGAGUAGCUGCAGACUGGUACACUUGUAAGAGCUGGUGCAAGCCAGAAAUUUGGACAGCUGGAAUGGAAGAAUUCUGCGACCUCGUCAUCUUCACACCCUUACACACCUAUGGUCCAGUGACUUUCAACAAUGGACCUUGGAUGGACCCUGUAGAUGGUGACUCGUUCUACAUUCGCUCGGUGAAAAACCCAGCCGUCUAUUGCACAUACUUUGGAGGGGAUUAUAUUAGAACGAGCACCAUACCUGGUGCCCGAUUCCGUCUGGCCAAAGCAAAGGUCCAUGAUUCGGAAGACAACUCAUUAUUGGGAAGGAUAAGGUGA